ACCGCUAGGAGAUUCUGUACUAGGUCUCAAGCAAACUGGGAAUACUAUGAAAGAAAAACAUAUAAACAAGAUAAGCAGGGUAAAAGUAAUGCAUCUACCGCAAACAUCUAGUAUCUUACUGGGAGCAGCAACUGACGAAGAUGAAAUACCUGAUGAUUUUGCUGUUCUUGAUAGCAAGCGCACUGUUGACGUUUGCUCAGCUAGAGGCCAGCAUCUCCUGUGUCACCUGCACCUCCUACACUCUGACCAUCAACAACUCCUCCACCAGCACACUACUGUCCUGUCCUGUAGGCACUGUGUGUGGAGACUCAGACAACGCCACUUCAGUCUGCUCCGCCACCAACGAGUGUGACCGCGUCGUCUGCGACCACUACGCCGUGUUCCCCUCCUCCUCCAGUUGUCGGCAGUACCAUGUCUGCCGAUACAUCAGAGGUUACGGCACAUUCGCCCUCUCGACCUACACGUGUCCUGGAAAUUCCAGGUUUGACUCCGUAAUCAACAAGUGCACACUGAAUACUGCUCGCUGUUACAAUGCUACUGCCUCAAAUGGUUAAAGAAUCAGUGGAAUAUACGAAAACUUUGAUUUGUAAGAUAUGGUUAUGUUAUGUGAUAAGUCUCACUAUUCUGGUGCAUUUGUAUAUUGCCUUAAAGAAAAUGUCUUUUUUAAGUAAACUUUUUAUUCAAACGUUUUUAUCAUUGCAAUUCUUGUUCUCC